GCGCUUUAAAGCGAGCGCUCGACUAACAGAGCGCUUUAAAGCGAGCGCUUGACUAACAGAGCGCUUUAAAAAGAGCGCUUUAAAGAAAGCGCUUUAAAGCGCGCGCGUCACAGAGAAAAGUAGGUAAACGGAUAGACGAAUACAAAGCCGCAAAGAGCAAUACGGAAGUAGAAGAUAAGAGCCGCAAGAUGUCCGAUAGAGUCGCGGAAACGAAUCUGCAGCCAGGCCGCUUGAAGAUCUCGUAAUUGGCCUCCAGUCGCGCGGGAACCGAAGUAGAUCGAGAUGGAGGCGAGGGGGAACGGGUCCCUGCUCGGAUCCAUCGCGAGGAACUUGUCGUCGGAGGAUCCGCGGCAUCCGGACGAACUAUUCAACGCGGACGUGACCGUCCUGAACGACGACGAGGGUAUCCUCUCGAGAAACGACGGCGACGGUCCGAGCAGCGGCGUCGAGCUGGCCUGGUACAACGACACGACGACGAUCGGCUCGACGUUCAGCGACUCGUGGUUCACCGGCUCGUCGUCGUCGUCCUUGUCCUCGUCCUCGUCCUCUUCGUCGUCGGCGUCGUCCACGUCGUCGCCCUCUUCGUCGUCGUCGUCGUCGUCGUCGUCCACCGGAUACUCGUCGACGACCGUCGACACCGACAACUACACCGGUCUGUUCGACUUCGAGGACCUGAACGGCUACUUCAAUCAGCUGAACGAAUUCGUGAACCUGACCUACUACGCCGGAAGUGGCAACCUGAGCCUGAACGGGACCGUGAACUGCACGUCGUCGAUCGUCGCGGGGACCGCGGCCGGUGUCGUCACGGUCGGCGAGUGCGGGUCCGCCGACGACGAGAAAACGGACGCAAAUAGCUGGUGGGCCCUGAUCCUGGUGAUCGUGCCGUGUUUAACGCUGUUCGGUAACGUGCUCGUCAUACUCGCGGUGGUGCGCGAGAGGGCCCUGCAGACCGUCACCAAUUACUUCAUCGUCAGCCUGGCUGUCGCCGAUUUGCUCGUCGCCGUGCUCGUCAUGCCGUUCGCUGUGUACUUUCUGGUGAGUCUGGCAAUGCUGUUCUCCUGCAUGCGCCGAUAG